GAAAAACAAAACAAUAAAAAUAUUAAAAAUCAUGAACACGAUCUUUAAAAAAUUAUCCUGUUUUAAGAAAAAGGUUAAAUCUUUACGAAUAUUCGAAUCCAGGUCACUCUCUUCUUCGUCUUCUUCCUCAUUCACUCCUCAAAAGUUCGACGUUUUUCUAAGCUUCAGAGGCAAAGAUACUCGCAAGAACUUCGUCAGUUUUCUCUACAAGGCGCUAGUAUCAAAAGGGAUUCGAACUUUCAAAGACGACGAGGAAUUGGAGAGAGGCCGUCCGAUUCCGCCGGAGCUUCGCCAAGCAAUCAAAGGGUCGAGAAUCGCCGUGGUCGUGGUCUCUGUAACUUACCCUGCCUCGUCCUGGUGUCUCGAAGAACUCAGGGAGAUUCUGAAACUUGAGAAGCUGGGUUUGCUCACUGUAAUACCCAUUUUCUAUGAGAUUAAUCCUUCAGACGUGAGGAGACAGAGCGGAGUAGUCUCAAAACAGUUCAAGAAGCAUGAGAAGAGACAGAGCAGAGAAAGAGUCAAAUCGUGGAGGGAAGCGUUGACCAAAUUGGCUAGUCUCUCCGGCGAGUGUUCAAAGAAUUGGGAAGAUCUGUCGAAUCGUUUCUCAAAGUUUCGAUUUUUAUCUCUGUUUCUCAAAGGUCUUCGUCUCUGUUUCUCAAGGGAAGAUGACUCGAAGCUGGUCGAUGGAAUUACUGAGAAGAUAUCAACAAAGUUGUUCUCGGAAAAACCAAGGAAUGAUAAUAUCCUAAUUGGUAUCGACCAACACAUGGGGGAAUUGUAUCCACUAUUUAACCUGAAUUCGAAUGAAGAUGUUCAAGUCAUUGGGAUUUGGGGAAGAGGAAGUAAUGGUAGAUCAGCACUAGCAAGCCACGUUUACCAAAACAUCAAACAUCACUUUGAAGCUCAUUGUUUUCUCGAAGACGUGAGACGGAUUUCGCUACAUUUCCGUGACUCUCAUUUACAAGAUGAGCUUCUUUCAAAUAUGCAAGGAGAAGGUUUGACAACAAAGAACUGUCAUAGGUGUCUUAAGACUAUCAAAGCAAGGCUAAGGAACAAGAAGGUUCUUCUUGUGGCGAACGAUGUAGACAAACUUGAACAAUUUGAUGCACUUGCUGAAGAAUUUAGCUGGUUUGGUCCUGGAAGCAGAAUCAUCAUAACCACACAAGAUAGACAAUUGCUUAUUUCAUCAGUAGUGAGGAGUGUCUACGAAGUUAAGCUCUUGAGAUGUUACGCAGUUCGUGAGCUCUUUAGGUCAAAUGCCUUCAAAGAAAGAGAAAGAGACGAUCCUGUUGGGUUCGACCAGUCUACAUAUCGAGCCAUGUAUAUAUCAGGUCAUGUGUUUUUGACCUUGAGAUAUAUUUUCACUUUGUUGUGUGAUAGAGUGAAUGUUACGCCAUUUUUUUACAUAUGGAUGUGCCACUUGUGUAUGGAUUUGUGUACUAUCCAUUUGGUAAACUAUUUUAUUCUUAAGACGGUUCACAACAAAUUCAUUUAAACUUGUAAUUGUUUUAUAAAUUACCUAUAUCAAUCUCGUCCGUCAGUUGACUUAGUUGUAACCACCAGAAAAGUAAG